GGCGACCUGUGCGCCAAAUAGGAGUCGCCAUUCAUUCCCCCGAUUCUCAUUCAGAUCGAGCCGCCGCCGCCGGCUCGCCCUCUCCUGCGCCACCUCGCCGCCCUCCACCUCUUCCCUAAGCACAGCCGCCGCCGCCGCCCCCCUCCUCCACACGGCCACCGUCCCAGCUGCCAGCCCUCCGCCGUGCGCACGCACAUCCUCCCCCCCUCCGAUGCCGACGACCCCGAGCUCCCCUGCUUCCUCUCCGCGCCGUCCAAGGAUAUCUCAAAAGAACUGGCCUCGAUGGCGCUCCUCCGAGCCCUCCGGCGAGCCCUCCCGCCGCUCUACUCGCCGGCGGCGCCUCUUUCCCGGCACGCCCCAGGUCCUCCUGCGCUCCCUCCCCGUCCUCUCCGGCUCCUGGAUCCGAUCGGCUUCCGGCCGUUCUCCGCCGCCGCGGCCACCGCCACCGCCGUUGUGCGGGCACCGGAAAUGGGCGCCAGCCUCUUCAGAGGGCUCACGGAGACCAGGUUUCCCAAGCGGCGGCCAGGAUUCGUGUCCCGGCGCAAGAGGGCCAGCCUGCGACCCAAAGGUCCGCACUACUGGGUGAAGUGCAAGCCAGGGGAGCCUAUCCCUUCGAGCCAGCCGAAUGAGGGCAGCGUACAGGGGAGGAAGGAGAAGAAGCGGAUCAAGCAGCGCAAGGACUUUAUCAUGUUUGAAGUGCGUCAGGAUGCUUACCUUGAUGGAUGCUUGAACAGUAAAUGGAUGCUUGAUCGAUUCAAAAACUUAUGCUCUGUUCAUAUGUCUAAUUAAUCAAUUACCCAGACCUGAAUUCUAUAUUUAUAAUUAUUGCGUUGCUUGGGCAGGCUGAGAAGAGGAAGCGCAAAGCACAGUAUUCUGUUGCUGUGAAGAGGAAGGAGGCAGAACGGACGGAAAGAAAGAUGGCCGCCGUGGCAAGAGACCGGGCAUGGGUGGAGAGGCUGGCAGAGCUAAAACAGAUGGAGGCAGAAAAGAGAGCUGCAAUGGCUUGAGGAGCUCCUGUCUCUGGAGACAAACGGCAACAGUUGUCAGCGAUGCCAUAGCCCUUGUGGGUGGAGCUCUGGCUGGCUGUACCCCUUCCCUCAGCAGCAAUCUUCUAAAAAUAAAUUGCUGAUCUUGUUUGUUUUAGUAGGAUGUUGUCAAUUUGUCUUGAUUGUAAUGAAAUAUCGGUUUUCGUCGUGUUUAGAAUAAACCAAAUGAUGUUAGUUGUGUGCUGGUAAUCAGAAAUGACAGGGCAAGCAGGUGUUGAGUUUCUUCUUC